UACAAACUUUAAUCAAUUGCUUUGUGACUAAAACAUGUAGUUUGUUGACAAAUAAUUUUACUAGUACUAAGAUAAACAAUACAUAACUUCACUGAUAACAAACAUUCUGAGUGAGUCUCUACUAUUCGUUAACAUAGUUUUUGUUUUGUUGGUCUUUGAGAAUUUCUUUGUAUAGUGGAGAAAUCAUGAUAUUUUGAAACAUGAUUUUUAUGUUACACUGAAUACCUAAAACUUAGAGAAAAAAGAAAUCUGCACACAAUGGCUACCUUUGACUUAAAGGUCAUUGUUGCUUGUACCAUUAUUAUUGUUUUGACUCAUAUUCAGUUUGGUACCUGUGGUGAAUGUCUACCUGGUUAUAUGGGAAAUGACUGUAAUGAUACAUGUAGUGUAACCUGUCAGACCAUCAAUGACGAUAUUUACUGUGAUCAAAUAACCGGAAGAUGUACAUAUGGUUGUAUAGAUGGUACAUUCGGUGAUAAUUGUACCGACCAGUGUCCAGAACAUUGUAAAGAUAUGAUCUGUGACCGAGAAAGCGGUGAAUGUUCCAGAGGCUGUGAAAUAGGAUAUUACACUGAUGAUUGCUCUAAGAUAUGUAGUAAGUCAUGUGAAAACAGUGCCUGUGUUGGAAUAGAUGGUGAUUCUAAGUUCACAUGUUCAGAUGGUUGCUCAGAAGGUUUUACUGGUGCAGAUUGUUCCACUCCGUGUUUAACUCCAAAUUGUGCCAUGUGUACAGAUGCAAGUACAUGUGAGAGAUGUCAAAAGGGAUUUUAUGGCACCACCUGUGACCACACCUGUAAAAGGAGGACGUCAAACUGUGCUGAAUGUGAACGAAGCUCAGGAGAAUGUGUACAAUGUAUGCCAGGGUACUUUGGCUCAGCAUGUGAUCAGUCUUGUUCUAAUUGCUAUGGCGGAAAAUGCACUAUUGCUGGAUUGUGUGUAGAACAAUGUACUAAAGGCUAUCGUGGGCCAUUUUGUAACCAGUCUUGUCCUAAAAACUGUGAGGAUUAUGUUUUAGACGGUGUCAAUGUAACUUGUAAUAAAGCAAAUGGACUUUGUGCUAGAGGAUGUUUGAAAGGAUUUUAUGGUGACAAAUGCAACUUAGUGUGUCCUAUAAAUUGUCCAGAGAGCCACUGUCAUCAAAUUGAUGGUGUUUGUAUGGGGGAAGAGUGCCUCAAUGAUCAUUAUGGAAACAAAACUAUUUGUGAUAGAUACAAUGGUUCUUGUCUGUAUGGAUGUGUGUCGGAAUGGUUUGGUGCUGUUUGUAUGACACCAUGUGGUAUUAAUUGUCUGCCUGUAUCACCACUGGUCAAUCGGACAGCCAGUAAUGCCAAAUGUAAAGGGAGUGGUAGAUGUCCAUUUGGUUGUCAGGCAGGUUGGAAAGGAGUCCAAUGUGAUAUCAAAACCAAUGACCCAACAUCAAUUUCUAGACUAUUUCAGCCUUCAUUCUAUGGAAUUGUGACCAUAGUUCUGAUACCAUUAGUAUUAUCAGUUCUUCAGUAAAAAACAAACUAGUACCUUUUUGACAAUUUCAAUUGUUGGCCCAUUCUUCAGUAAAAAUUUGUCUUGGAUGAGAUAUAAUCUACUGUUUUCACUAGAUUUGAUGUGUGUUAUGCAUUUGUAAAUAAACAAU